AUGGUACAUCGAACCAAGUCACAAGAAUCUAAAAUAAGUUUAGAUACUACAAAUCAGAAUAUAAAUUCAGAUUAUUUAUCUCAUCAUCAUCAUCCAAUCAAUAAUGCAAAACAUCCGAGGCAAUUUUCAACAAGGUCUCGGGCUAAGAGUACGGCAAGCUUUAAAGGAUUGAGGCGAACAUUAGGUCAUGAUAUUUCAAAAUCUAUGGAUAAACCGCAUCAUCAUCAACUUCACCACGGUUCUAACAAUCCUAUAGCUAGAAUUAAAUCAACUGAUUUGCUAUACAGAAGAAGAACUUUAAGUGCUUUAAAUAUGACCUCAUUGGGGAUUUCAGGUUUCCAUAAUAAACCUAUUAUCCAGUCAACAUAUUCUAGUGGAUCUCAUUCACAUAGUUGUAGUAAUUCGUUUAGUCAUCCAAGUAUUGGUAUACGACCUGCAAUGACAAAGAGCACGCAUUCUGUUCUACAAUACAAUAACGAAAAACCUAAAAAUUCUCUUGACAAUAUUAAUGACUCACCUAGUGAAGAAGAGGUAGAUUAUUUCACUGAUGAGGAAUUAAAUCUUAAUGAAGAAAAUGAUUCCAAGAAGAUAACUCUUUCUGAAAAUUUAAAUGAAGAUAUAAACACAAAUGAUACAGGUAUAAUUGACAAAAUUUCUACUACAACAAAUAUUACUAUUAUUUCUAAACCUCCUUCUAAAAAACCACAAUUUACUCUAGGUAAUGAUUAUGUCAAACUGGAUAAUUCUACUCAAAGCAGCGAUAGUGAUGAAGAAGAAUCGUCUUCCAAGAAAGAAUUUCACAACAUCAAAAGUAAUGAAAAUCAUCUGAAUGAUAUUAAAAUAGUAAAAGAAAACAAUUUUGCUAAAGCUAAAAAGAAACAAGAAUAUCAAAACUCAUCAGAUGAAAUAUCAGUAGAUGAAGAAAAAAAAUCUGAACAUAAAAAUAAUACAAAUGUAGACAAUAUUACUAUUACUUCUAAUCAUAGUAUAUCACAUCAAAACCAGAUUGUAAGACAACAUAGUGAAGAUCAUAUUGAUACUGCAGAAUCAAUCAAUACUAUAACCUCCAAUGAACUAACAAGACAGACACGAAAUCAAAAACGCUCUUUAUCUCAUUCCAAAGAUACAGAUCAUAUUGAAUACGAUUCGCAGACAGAAAAAUUGACUCCAACACAAAAGGAUUUACUUGUGAAUAACGAACGCACAAAUUGCGAAAGUUAUAAAAGUAAAUUUAAUCAGCUUAAUUCUUCAAGCAAAGAUAACUUUGAAGAAUCCAAGAUAAAUGGGAACCAUCAGAAUCAAUCCAUAAAUAAUAGUCCUACAGGCCAGUAUAUCCCUACUAUGAUUUUAUCACAAUCUACCGGAAUAGAGAGAACUUUUGAACAUCCAGCUUCAAUUCAGAAUUCAUUAUCAAAUGAACUCCACAUUACUGCAACUUCUAGCAAGGGUGAUUCAGAUAAUGACAAAAUUAUUCCUACUAGUAUACCACUUGUAUACAAUGAGAAACAAAAUAUAAACACAAACUUUAGUGACCAGGUGAUACCAAACAAAGUUAAACAAUCCAAUGUCGUUUUGCAAGAAAAUAAUAGAAUUAUAGAAUACCCACCCACGAUGGCAAAUGAUAAUCAAAAGCAAUCAAGCAAACCGAAAUUCCAAAAACAAAUCGAAAUUAAGAAUAAAAGAAGUGGCUUUUCCAAUUCAUAUUCUAGUUUAUCAAAUAAUCUACAAAGAGCUAAUGCAGCUGCUUCCUUAGCCAUGGUUGCAAAUGUAGAAAAUAAUUCUUCUAAAUUGAAACUUAAGAAAAGUACCGCCUCUAUUAUUCAAGAAAAUUCAUCAAAACAUUCAUCAUACAUUAGUACAAUUUUUAAUAGGAGACCAAAUUCAAGACAGCAGCAAUAUUUAAAACAAGAAAGGAGAAGCUCAAUAGAAAAAAAUGCACCAUCACUAUUAUCUCAAUUAUCAAAUAACAAUAGGAAGACUUCUGUUACUGGGAAUAAGAUUAAUGUGGAUGAUAAUUUUUCAAAUUUCUCUCAAUUUCUAAAGAGUGAUAAUACAAAUGAUGGUGACUUAAGAACUCAAAGAAAGCUAUGGUUGCAGAGGGAGAAUUCUAUUAUGGACCUUAAUUUACAGAAAGAUGGGAACGCAGAUUCUAUUUUUAUGGCCACUAAUGUUGAUGUUAAGAGAGAAUUUGAACGUAUUUCGCAUGAAUAUACAAGCCUAAGAAGAUUUUAUAAUACUAUUGAUGCAGCUUUAACAAGAUUCGAGUCGAAUAAGGACCAUAUUCAAUCAACAGUAGGCAAGGCAUCAACAAAUGCAAAUAUUAAAUCUCAAAGCAGGAAGCCCCCAAAUAAUAACGAAAUAGCCCAAUCAUUGACAUCUCAAAGAGACAAUGUGUUAAAAGCAUUUAUCAGUGAUCGUUCAGUGCCAAGUAAAAUAAAUGAUAGUAACUUAAAAGCAGAUGAUUUCUUCGGAAAUACCCAAAAUUCUAGAUUGCAGAGAAUAUUAACUACCAUCUGGAACCAGGAAAGUGCCAAUUUUAACAAUGAAAUUAAUCCCUUAAAUGCUAAAAAUAGUAGUAGAACAACUAUUGACGAGAGUAAUACUAAUAUUAAUCCUGAUUUGCGUCAAGCAUAUCAUCAUAAUGGUGCACACCAUUCGUCAAUGCAUGCUGCUCGACAUUCUUUAAGAAAUGCAACUGAAUCAAGUACUAAUUUUUACCGACAAUAA